AUGAAGGUAUCAAAAGUCGUCGCGGGCAGCCUCCUCCCCAUAAUCGGACUAUGCUAUCCCGUCUACCCCCAACAAGAAAAGCACCUCGUCCGUGUGCCUCUCCCUCCCCCAGAUAACUGGGUCGCGGGUCCGCGUCUCUUCCCCGGAGAGGUCAUUGCGGGUUACCAUGCCAGCAUCUUCGAGCACGACGCCAAAGGUUGGCGUGAGUAUAUUAACGAGAAAUGUGAGGAGUUUCAUGAGUGUACCUCGACCAUAUCGCUCAGCGCGAAUAAUGUUGGCUCGACGGGUGGACGGUACUGGUUUGGAUACGUCUUUCGGGGUCGUCCUACUACGCCGGAUGACUAUGUCAGGGACUGGACUGCUAAGGCUGAGGUGAAGGAUUCGGCUGCAUAUACUAUCAGCUAUGAGGAUGACUUUCUAAGGCCACAGUGGGAUAUCUUGUAG